CGCAAGGUGGGUGGUCCUAGACCCCCAACGGUUCCGGAACAUUACUCAUGAACCGGGGGGAAAAUGGACUGGAUGAGUUGUUCGCAGUUGCAUCGUUGAACCCACAUCGCCCAUGACGCCGUUGACGCGGCACCGUCCUGGCCGCUCCGUUAUUGGUCGCCCAGCGAUCAACGCUGCUCUAAGCGAAGCAGGGAAUCUCUCGGACAUGUUCGUUCUGAUCUCGCUCGCUUCGAUCCUGCCGUACCGUUGGCUCCAACCCAUGGUGAACCCGACGUUCCAAUCCCCUCCGACUGACUCUGGGAUCGCGACGCGACCAUCGGACCCUCCCCUAUCCUUCUCAUGAUCACCCACGAUUCUCGAGCGUUGCUCGUGUCUGGACCACCUCGGGAGAAGAGAGCCACGGUUGUGCCCUCUCAGGCCCCUCGUCAGGUUCGAUCCUGCCGGGUUUGUCGACUGCGCAAGGUCAAGUGCGACCGCGUCAAACCCUGUCAUGCAUGUUGCGCUCAUGGCUAUCCAUCCAAGUGCGUGUAUGAACCGGGGACAGACGAGGAUCCCCAGCCCAUCAGUCAAGCGGAUGAGAUCCGAAAUCUGCGGGCGGAGAUCCGCGACUUAACGGCCCGCCUGAACAACAGUGAGCGCCGGCACCGAUCGGAGCGGCGUCAGGCCCAGCUGCAACGGUUGUUUGCGACUAUACGCACGGCCCCGCUGGAGCUUGUCGAUCGAUUAAUCAAUCAACUCCGUACGGGUUCCAGCGGAUCGAAUGAAUGGGAAGGAACAGAAGCUUUUCUCCACCAACGCUCUCUGGAUGAGAACAGUGACGAUAGCAGCAGAGAUAACGAUCACUAUGCCUCACACGGGUCAGAGGGCUUCGAUUUCAACCGCAGCCCAUCAGAAAGCAGCGAUGAUUCAUCAUCAUCCUCGUCGAUCAUUAGCAUAAAGAACUCAUCUAGGCCGAUGCUGGAUGUGUUUAUUGAGCGGUUUGUUGACGCUUUUAGUCCGGAAGUAGAUAUCAAGUCGGGUCAGGCCGGAGCAUUGCGACGCGCAGCGGAAAUUCGCAUGUUUUCUCCGCUUCUGAUGGAUGCAUUUGAAGGGGUCUCGGUAGCUUUUUUCGGUCGGUCUGUUCAGGACCCGCGAUUCGUGCAGUCCGGCUCUGAGAUGUAUGGGCGUGUCCUGCGGAAUCUACAGAAUGCCUUGUUUGACCCAGAGCGGAGCAAGGCUGAAUCCACGCUGGCCACCGUCAUUCUCUUAAUGGCCUUUGAGAGCGUCGCACGGACCUCACAAGCAGGACUGGCAUCGCACGUGUUCGGCGCUGUACGUUUAAUCGAACACCGCGGACCUGAUAAUCAUAUUCACGGAGUAGAGCACCUUCUCUUCACAGAACUGCGUCCGUAUUGGGUUGGGGCGGCCCUCGUCAGUCGUCAGCCUUCAUUUCUUGCCAAGGAGGAUUGGAUCAAUGUACCCUGGUCAGCAGGAACGAGCAAGAAAGACAUCCUUCACUACCUGUUAGAUUUAACGGUCGAAGUGCCAUCCCUGUUGGCGGAAUACGACGCUUUGGAGGCCACGCGACAGUCCAGGAUCGCCAGUGCGCAUGAGAUCACCGUUAAACAGGCAGCGCUAUGGAAUGGGGUUACCAACCUCACGUGCCGGUUCCUCCAGUGGAAGAUCGACUGGGUCGAUGCCUAUCCCGAUGGACCGCCCAAGGAGGUACCCGCGGAACCCAACGAUCAGUUUCCCAUCUUCCGCUGUCGGGAUCUCCGUACCGGUGCUGUCGUCACCCCGACAAAAUUUGUCUACCCCGAUCUACGUCUGGCUCAAACGAUGUGCCUAUAUUAUACCUCGCGGCUCAUGCUAUCGACAGUUGACACCCGAUCGGACGACGAACGGGUGGGGCCCGCGCAGCAAUAUGCUCUUGGCUGUGGCAUCUGCCGGACUCUCGAAUGGUACAUCUUAACGGCACCCGGCAACAUGAUCAACCGGCUCGCUUUCCCCGUGCGCGUGGCCUGGGAGGUGUUUCCCGACGGCGGACCUGAACGACGAUUCAUCUACGACGUGUUGAAACUGGUGGAGAAGCGCCAUUCGCUUGGCUUAUGGGGAAAUGGGAUGUCGGAGCUAUCCCCUCGGGCCGGAUCACCGCCGAGCGCAUGACCUGGGGCACUUGUAUAGAACUAGGAUGGAUAUGUUGGCGAUCGCAGGCACGAAAGCUGAUGUUUUGUGGGAACGAAGUUACGAGCGAUAUGAACUUGGUAAAAAGUUGUUGAUUUUUUUUUUUUUUUCUUUCCUCCUACACGAGCGAGGUUUGCUGAUUAAGAUCGAAGGGACGCCAGUCUUGACGUGUCUAACGAUAAGAAUAUUUCAUAUGAUGUACAAUAAUCACACAGCUCUUUCGGAUAAGCGACUUAAUGUAUACCCGAAUGUUUAACCCCUUGACGAUGCCAAGCGACUCGAAAGAUUAACUCGCUCCAACCUGCCCGAGCCAGUAUUUGUAAUGACAGCUAUCCUCCAACGUCAUUCUUGGGAGAUUGCUUAAACUCUCACUCACACAAACCGUUUAGAAACAACCCGUAGGACAGCCGCGCAAGAUCAUUAACAGAACAAUGCUAGAACUAUAUCAAUUCCUUUCAAAACUAUCAAAGUACGUAAAGGCACUGAAUGGCAACUGCUUUAUCAUAUAGUCGAACAGUGAACAGCAAUCAAUUAU